AAACAACUUAGUUCUCAAAAAAUUUGUGUUACAUUCAAGUGCUGGGUAGAAAACCCUUAGAGAUAUUCCUGUUGCCAUUUACUUUACUCGGCUAAGGAAAUACUAGAAUAUUUACUAAGUAUACAGUCUAAAUUUUACAAAAUCCGGCUCUGGAACAAUAAACUCACUUUUUCCAAAAUAAAGUUACAUAUACAUAUACAAUUAUAACUUAACUUCGGGCAUAUUAUAUGUUUUAAGCGUGUGCUAAUCAAUAUUUUUUUCGGAUUCCCAGUUAAGCCGUCAUGAUUCCCAACAAUUUUUACAAACUGAAGAACUUUGCCAAUCCGAAAACAAUGUUCAGAUGCUACAUCGACAAGGAAGAAAAUCCAUCUUCUGAGGGUCUUCCAAAGGUAGAAGCUACUGCCGCCGCUGCUGCUGCAGUUCCUCAAUCCAAUGCUGCUUCGAAAAAUGACAGCAAGAUGAUUACAACACCGGCAGAACCUUCAAAAAAGGGAAAGAAGAUGAACAAAAAGGGUAAGAAGAAUCAGAAGCAGGAUAAGGAUCAGAAUCGGGAUCAGGAUCAGGAUCAGAACAAGAAUCAGAUUCAGGAUCAGAAGAAUGUGCCUCGCGCGCCCAGUGAGAUGAGCAAAAUCAGUGAAGGCCACACGGUUGCCAAGAAUGAAAAUUCAGAUGAUAAAAAUGAGGUCCAAGAGAAGGACGUAGUCAAGGACAAUGGCCAGGUUAAGAAAAGUGAGGUCCCGCAAGAGGAAAAUCUGCAAGAGAAAGUUACAGAAAAAAAGUUGAGCCCCGAGCAAAUGUUAUUAGAGAAAAAUAUCGAAAUGAAAUUGUCAGAGCAAAAGAUUUCGAACAGCAUGCUAGAGCCAAGUAGUAGCCAUUAUUCGUACCCAACAAUCAAAUCUAGUAGUCAAUCUCCAACCGUUCAGCCGACAAUUGAGAAGACGGAAAGUCAGAAUAGUGUUGAUGUUACUAUCACUACGACUCUCACAGAGCCAGGAUCACUGGACAAGAUGAAGCCUCUAGAGAGGGAUAUUAACGAGUAUGAUGAUGAUGAUUAUCUGCCUGAAGAGAUGGAGGCCAAAGGACCGCAUCAUCCGUUGAACAACUGCUGGACACUGUGGUAUCUGGAGAACGAUCGUACCAAAAGCUGGGAGGAUAUGCUGCACAAGGUCACCAGCUUCGACACCGUCGAGAAUUUCUGGAGCCUGGUGACGCACAUCAAGACGCCAUCGGAGCUGAAGCUGGGCAGCGACUAUUGUCUUUUCAAGAAGGGCAUUCGACCGAUGUGGGAGGAUGAGGCCAAUGUCCGUGGCGGUCGUUGGGUCAUCAGUGUGACCAAAAACGCCAAAAACGAUCUGGACAACUUCUGGAUGGACACGAUGCUCUGUCUUAUCGGCGAGGCCUGCGAUAAUUCGGACGAACUGUGCGGUGCCGUGGUCAAUAUUCGCAGCAAGACCAACAAGAUCUCCAUUUGGACGGCCGACGGGGAAAAGGAGCCGGCUGUCCUCGAGAUUGGAAGCAAAUUGCGCGAGAGUCUGCACAUGGACAAGGCGUAUGUGCUGCAGUAUCAGCUCCACAAGGACAUCAAGGUCAAGCAGGGGACCACCAUCAAGACAACAUAUAACCUAUAGCACCUUUAACCACAAACCUCAAGCAUCAGGUCACGUUUUAAUUAUUUUCAGUAUUUUUUUUAACCCAAGAACACUAAAUCACUAAACCUAUUGUAAUUAACCAAAUCAUUCGGAACCCAUUCGACCAUCCGCCGGCAUACGUUGGCCCGAGAUGUCAGUUGGAUGCCAAAAUUGCAGUCAAGUCUUUUUCCUCGUACACGUUGUACAUGUUAAUUGUAGCCUUGUUCUUGUAAAGCGUUGAAAUAUAUGCAAACAAAUUAGUUUUGAGUUAU